GAAAGUUUUCCAGCAGAGACGACAAGCCUCCUGGGCCCUGCUCGCAGGGGACUCGGCCCCCAGGGUCGUGGCCAGGGUCUCAGGCCGGGGGCGGGGACCGGGAGCGAGUGUGUACGUGCGAGAGGCUCCAGCUGCACGGCCCGGGCUCCCCUGGGAGCGCCGCGGGGUGGGGCGGGCGGAGGAGCAGCAGCAGAACUCCGCCGGGGAGCUGGGAGCGCCGAAAUGGGGCGCAGCAUGCUCGCGGCUCUCGGGGGCCUCCGGGGCCUCCGCCUAGGGCGCGUCUUCCGCCGGCCUCCGGGAGCGCACGGAGAAGCAGCGACGCGGCCCAUAGCGCCCCUGCGGCCUCGGGGUCUGCCCCGCUACUGCAGCGGCCGGGCCGCCAGCGGCUCUGAGCCCCAGGGUCAAGCAGGAAAGGUCCACCGGGUCCCCGCCGAGUACAAGCCUUCGCAAUUCGAUAAGAAAAUCCUGGUGUGGACCGGGCGUUUCAAAGCGAUGGAGGACAUCCCGCCUCGGAUCCCUGCACACCUAAUUUGGUAUAGCAGAUCAAAGCCAGAUGGAUGGGUAAAAAAGAUCAUAUCUUCUGGGCUCCAUCUGGAACAAAAGCCAGAAAUGAUAGAUGCUGCAAGAAACAAGGCUCGAGUGAAAGCUUGUUACAUAAUGAUUGGACUCACCAUUAUCGCCUGUUUUGCAGUGAUCGUCUCAGCCAAAAGGGCAGCAGAGCGACAUGAAUCCUUAACAAGUUGGAACCUGGCGAAGAAAGCUAAGUGGCGUGAAGAAGCUGCACUGGCCGCACAGGCUAAGGCUAAAUGAAAUUCCGAGAGACACGGUGUUAAUCAGAGGAUCAUUACUAUUACCAAAACAAUAAAAGAUAGGUAAAACAGAAUAUUUAAUGAAAUAACUGCCAUGGUUUUAAAGAGAAGCAAAAAGUCUUUUUAUUUUCAUUUUCAGUAAAAUUUUACUGAAGUGGAACUGUAUUCAGAAAAGUGCACAGAGUGUGUAUAGCUUGAUACCUAUUUACAUAGUGAACACACCUGCAAAACCACCUCCCAGGUCAAGAUGCAGAACACCAGUAACAUCUCAGAAACCUCUCCUCUACCCUCUGUCAGUCAUUACCAUCCAAAGGUAACCACUGUUGUGAGUUUUAUCACCAUAGAUGAGUUUUGCCUGUUUUUGAAAUUUAUAUUAAUAGAAUUACACAAUAUGCACUUGUGAGGGUGAAUUCUUAGACUCAACAUUAUGUUGUGAGAUCCUUACACAAAUUUUGUGUAGCAUGAGUUUAUUCAUCUUUAUUUUGUUAAAGUAUUCCAUUGUGAAUAUGCAACAGUUUAUCUGGAUAUUUGGUCCAGUUUGGGGCCGAUACAGAUAAUGCUAAAAUGAGCACUCUGUGUAUGUCAUUCACUAAGUGUUCUUCAAAAUCUAAAUUUUCAACCAAAUUUCCACUGUAUUUGGGUAGGACUCUUGCACUGACUGAAAGGAAUGUAAAACUAUCAACUUUAGGCUUUUUUAAGGUAAAUAUAUAUGCUAAGAUUUCUAGGGUAAUGAGAAAAUAUGAACCCUCAAACAAGUAGAGAUUUUUAAAAAAUAGACAACUGACUUUAGUCAAAAGGCAGAAAAUGGGGAAGGGAAAGAAAAAGAGAGAAUAGAAAAGAGAGAAACAGGACAAAAUAACAUGGUUAAAAUGAAUCCAGAUUUAUUGGUAUUCCAAAUAAAUGAGACAAACUGGUAAGUGAAAACAAAGAUACUUGGAAUGUAUUAAAAACAGUAAUAUACUGUAUAGAAAGGACACUACCAAAACUAUAAGAAUAGUGUAUAGACCAUUACAAGAGCACAGAUUCAUGGAAUGUAAAAAUGGGGAUUUUGUCAAUGGAGAAAUGAAAAAACCAAAUGGACACCGAUCUUCAAUACAUUAACUUUCCUAAAGCUUAUUGAUUCAUCAGUGGAGAAUGAAACCAAACAUCAACCAGUUAUUUUAUCUUUUAUGACAGAAUUGCCUUAUGGCCAGUUAGGUCGUAAAAAGAUUUGAAGGGAAAAUGCUUAAAGCAAAGAUGUUUACAGAAAAACUACCUAGAACAGAGAUUGGGAGCAGGACUUCUGUUGUUAGUCCUCUUUUGUUUUAGUUACUUCAUCUUAUUAAUCAAUCUGUUCCCUGUUACCUAAGUUUUUUUUAACAUUAGUAAAUCCUAGACCAAAGGUUUUGUACUCUUUCCUUCUGUAUACUUACUGCUUUUUUGGGUGGUGGCCAUUCUCUAGUGCCCUGGUACAGAAGAUUUCACCAUGAAAAGCUAUGAUUGAACCUUCAAUCUGAUCUCAUUUUCAUCUUGGCAUAAUAAGGCUGCUGUGUCUUCAGCUUUCAGCAGCAAAAUCCAUUGUUCCCACCAUAAGAACUAAAAAAAAUAUUCUCAAUUAGGUUUCAACUUGUUUGUUUUAUUUUAAUUCAUGCAUCAUAUAAGCUGCAAAUAAAAUUUGUAAUAACUAUUCUGGUUUUUUAAUGCAUAAAUAUACAAAUUCUCAUUCAAACUUGAAAAAUGUUAUACUAAUUCUAAAUUUGUAUGCACAAAAUAAUGUAGCAUCUAAAUACAUUAAAAAAUGGUCCAAACUACAAGAAAAAAAUGGACAAGCCUACCAUUAACUUGGGAAAUUAACAUAUCUCUCUUAGAAACUGACAAAUUCCACUGACUAGUAAAUAUAUAAAAGAUGUGAAUCAAUUAAUAAUACACAUUCUUUUUUAGCACUCAUGGAACAUUCACUAAAACAGCAUAUGGUAAACCAUAAAGCAUCAACUUUUUUGAACUACAUGCAAUAUCACAACUUAGAAAUUAACGGCAUAGUGUUUUUUAUUCACUUAUUUAUUGUCAUAAAGUUUUUAAAAGCUUGAAGAUUCAAAACAUUUCUAAAUGACUCGUAGACCAAAGAGUAAAUCAUAAUGGAAUUUAAAAAUGCUUAGAACCGAAUAUUAAGAAAAAGCUAUAUAUCAGAACUUGUGGAUUUGGUAAAGUGAUAGUGAAGUGGUAAUUCAAAGUAGAUUGUUAGCCUCAAUAUGCCUUUUUUUAGAAAAGAAAGGUUUAUAACAAAUGUACUAAACAUCUCUAAGAAAUUAGAAAAAGAAAUAUAGAAUAAAUCCAAAGGAAAUAAAGGAUGGGAAAUUACAAAAUUAAGAGAAGAAACUAAUGAAGUAAAUAAAAACAUAGAAUAUAGAGAGUUGAUAUAACAAUUUGGCAAAGUCCUCAGGACAAAAGAUAAAAAGUAUAAAAAAAAAACAGUUUAGAAAUGAUGAAAGGGAUGAAAGCCACAGUACAACAGAGAUUUUAAAAAGAACAUUAUGAAUUGGUAUGCCAUCUUCUGCUCUGGCCAAAAUGGAGUAAUAGGGGUAAGAUAUACUCUCUUGCCUGAGACAACUAAAAAAAUAGACAAAAACAUGAAACAACAAUUUCCAGACAUUGGGCAUCUGGCAAUGAAGAGCAGUGAUCUGUGAAAUAGAGAAAAUAUGUUAGUCAGGCCCAGUAAUUGUUCUACUUUACUGCCUAAAGAGUUUCAAGACUGCAUGGCAUAGAUAGAAAACCCGGGUGGGACCUGAAAGUUUCUCAGAGUUGAGGAGAAGAGUCAGGAAAGAUAAAACAAUUAGGUAUCACAGGCUAGGGAACCAAAGUGAGGGAGCUGUACAGGGAGCUCUAGAGAUCUACAGCUGAGUACUGAUGACCGUAAGUGAUCACUACCCAUGGUCAUGUAAAGAACCACCUGGGAGUACAAGGAGAAACAAUUUUUAGAGCUCACACGUGGCCAAGAAUAGUUUGAGUUCCACCUGUCAAAUUAGAAACUCUCUUAUUUGACAGAGAAGAGGAGCUCUUAGAAUGUCUUGCCUCAGUAGUAAAAUAAAGGCUGUUCUGUGCCUGCCUUACAAAGUUUAAGAGUAAAACAA